AUGAAUCUAGGUUCCGCAAUUAUUCGAGGAUUCCAAUUGAUCUUUGGGAUUGUCGUCCUCGGACUCUCAGUGACUCUGGCCAAGAACCAAGUAAUUUAUGCUGUACCUGCAGCAACAGGCUAUGCAGCCUUUACUGGUGGUAUUGGUAUUGUUUCUGCUCUACUGGGAAUUGCUUCUCUGUUUGUUGAGUCACUUGAGGGUCUUAUUAGCUGGGCCGUUGAUGGGCUGGCAGCACUUGCACUUCUUGCCGGGGGAAUUACGUAUGCCGUUCUUCUCCGCGGGACCAACUGCUCCAAUCCGGAAACUUUAUGGCAGAAUACUAUUCUUGGCGGAGGCUGUACCACUUACAAAGGAACCUUUAUUUGCGCAUAUGAUGGUAACCCGGGUAAGCUGGAGGAGCAGUGCAGAUCGGCGACGGCUGAUACUGCCUUUAUGUUCAUGACAUUUAUCAUGUGUCUCGCUGCUGCCGCUUUCGGUUUCUUCACUGCCGGCAGGCGCUGA